CGCCACAAUCUCCAUCCGCCCACACCUCGUGCUGCCAUGGUGACCGCCGUUGACAUCACGUUGCCGUGGAGACGGUGAUAAACGAUCACGCUUUCUUUUUCUUUUUCUUUUUUGCAGCUGAUCGAAGUGAUCAAUGUUUCUGACGCGGUGACGUCAUUCUGUUUCCUUCCUCGUGCGGGAAGUCAAAAACCUGCUGAUCAGCCAAUCUGCGGUUCGUCUGUGCUGCAUCCUCCGCUUCCUCCUCUCCGUUUCUCCUCCUCCUCGGCCCCGAUGCUCCCGCCGGCCCUGCCCGGCCUCGAUGCUCGGUCCGCGGGCUGGCUGUAGCUCGGUGAAUCGGUGCACAUCGUCGGUCCGUCAUGGUGCAGAAAUCUCGCAACGGCGGGGUGUUCCCCGGAGCGCAGGCCGACCAGAAGAAGCUGAAGGUCGGCUUCGUGGGUUUGGAGGCCGGAGGGACGGACUCCAGUAGGGACGGUGCUCUGCUCAUAGCGGGUGGAGACGAGGGGCCUCGGCGGCAGCGCAGCAGCGUCUCCGGGGGGAAGAAACCUCCCAAACGAAACGCCCUCUACAGACGCCUGCAGAACUUCCUGUACAACGUCUUGGAGAGACCCCGAGGAUGGGCCUUUAUCUACCACGCCUAUGUGUUCCUGCUGGUGUUCUCCUGCCUGGUUCUGUCUGUGUUCUCCACCAUCAGAGAGUACGAGAAGAGCUCCGAGGACGCGCUCUACAUCCUGGAGGUGGUGACCAUCGUGGUGUUCGGGGUGGAGUACAUGGUGAGGAUCUGGGCUGCCGGGUGUUGCUGUCGGUACAGAGGGUGGCGAGGUCGACUGAAAUUCGCCAGGAAGCCCUUCUGCGUCAUCGACAUCAUGGUGCUCAUAGCAUCCAUAUCAGUCCUGGCUGCAGGGACUCAGGGAAACGUCUUCGCUACGUCGGCCAUCAGGUCACUGCGGUUCCUUCAGAUUCUCCGAAUGAUCCGUAUGGAUCGCCGAGGAGGAACCUGGAAGCUGCUGGGAUCGGUGGUCUACGCUCACAGCAAGGAGCUGAUCACAGCCUGGUAUAUCGGCUUCUUGUGUCUCAUUCUGGCAAGUUUCCUCGUUUACCUGGCAGAAAAAGAAGAUAAUGAACAGUUUGAGACAUAUGCUGACGCCCUCUGGUGGGGACUGAUCACCUUGACAACCAUCGGUUAUGGAGACAAGUUCCCCAUCACCUGGAAUGGACGUCUGCUGGCUGCAACCUUCACUCUGAUUGGAGUUUCAUUCUUUGCUCUGCCGGCUGGGAUUCUGGGUUCUGGCUUUGCUCUGAAGGUUCAGGAGCAGCACAGACAGAAACACUUUGAGAAGAGACGAAAUCCCGCAGCAGGACUCAUACAGGCGGCCUGGAGGGUUUACGCCACAAAUCUGAGCCGAACCGAUCUGACAUCUACCUGGGAUUAUUACGAGAGGACAGUGUCUGUCCCCAUGUAUAGGUUGAUCCCUCCUCUCAAUCAGUUGGACUUACUAAGGAACCUCAAGAACAAAUCCGGACUCUCAUUCAGGAAGGAUGUUCAGCCUGAACCUUCUCCCAGUCAGAAGGUGAGUCUAAAGGAGAGGGUCUUCUCGUCUCCUCGGAGUUCAGGAACCAAAGGCAAAGGUUCUCCUCAGCACGGAGUUGCACCUGGAAUGGGUCCUGCUCCUGGCAUUGGUCCUGGAGUACCUGGAGGUCCUGGGGGAGUCCAGGCCUUGCGGCGGUCCCCCAGCAUAGAGCCCAAUUUGGAAGAGAGUCCCAGCAAGGUUCCAAAGAGCUGGAGCUUUGGAGAACGCAGCAGAACUAGGCAGGCCUUCAGGAUCCGGGGAGCAGCAUCCCGUCAGAACUCUGAAGUGCUGAUAGAGAUGCAGGAUGAAGAGUUCAGACAGAAGAGCUCCCCAGAGGCCAGCCUUCCUGGAGAAGAAAUGGCUGAUGACAACAAGAGCUGCCACUGUGAGUUUGUCCCUCAGGACCUGACCCCAGCGUUAAAGGUUACCAUUAGAGCCAUCUGCAUCAUGCGCUUCAUGGUAUCCAAGAGGAAGUUUAAGGAAAGUCUUCGUCCCUACGAUGUCAUGGAUGUGAUUGAACAGUAUUCAGCCGGACACCUGGACAUGCUCGCCCGUAUCAAGAACCUCCAGUCUAGGGUGGAUCAGAUCGUUGGCAGAGGAACACCAAUUGCAGAUAAGGAUCGUCCCAAAGCAGCCAGUGAGGAGCUACCUGAAGACCCGAGCAUGAUGGGACGCCUGGGGAAGGUGGAGAAGCAGGUCCUGUCCAUGGAGAGAAAGCUCGACUUUUUGGUUAAUAUCUAUAUCCAGCGAAUGGGAAUCCCUCAGGCUGAGACCGACGCCUACUUUGGAUCCAAGGAGCCAGACCCAGCACCACCCUAUCACAGUCCAGUGGAUCAGCUGGAGAAGAGCCAAUCCAUCGCCAAGAUCAUGCAAGGGUUGCCAGGUGAACAGGUGGAGAAGGCUCGGGAUGUGACGAAGAUGGUUCGCUCCAGCAGUUCCACCGGACACAGGAACUACAAUGCCCCCACAUGUCCUCCCUCCACCUCCUGGCAGCCCAUCAGCUCCCAGCUCCACCAGCAGGCUCCGCCCCCUCCUCAUCGUAGCCAGGGUAAUACUCCAAGUCCGGUGGGGGAUGGGUCACUGGUUCGACUGCCCCCUCCUCCAUCUGGGGAGAGACACAGUGGGAACCGAUCAAACCGUCACAGCACCGGAGACCGAGGGGGGGCGGAGAAACAGGAGAGGGCAGGAGAGGGGUCCAAUGGGAUGGGAGGAGGAGGCGAGGAGGGGAAGCCUGACAGUGACACCUCUAUCUCCAUUCCAUCGGUGGACCACGAGGAGCUGGAGCGUUCUUUCAGUGGCUUCUCCAUCUCCCAGUCCAGAGACAACCUGGACUUCCUCAACAAUGGAUUCUACUCCUCCAACAAUCUGGGAGAUCGCCAUGGUGGGGGAGGAGCUGCCUGCUGCACCGCCGUCCGGUCCUACAUCGCUGAGGGGGAGUCAGACUCCGACUCCGAGCUCUGUGCCCCGUCGCCGCACUCGGACCGGGCCUGGACUGGAACCAAAUGAAGCUGCGAGAAAUCCAGAGUCACAACCAGCAGAACAUUUAAAGUAUUCAUCAAAAUGUGAAUAAAAAGUAAACAUAAAGAUUUAAACCACCAGCUGGAGGCUCACAGCAAAGGAUUAUUGUGUAUAGAGCUCAGCGGCCGCACCCAUGAUGGUACGAUUUACGUGACAGAUUCUGCACGGCAAACAUCUGUCCACACUGUCACCAACUGGCACACUGCUGGGACAUGCUUUCACCUGAUUGGUUGCUUGUUUCUAUGUAUAAAAUAAUCACAUAAUCUCAGCUCGCCAAUACAUUUGUUAAUCGUUUAAACAAAGAAAAGUUGGAAAGAUGGACCAGACUGCUGUUUGUUUAUCUACUUCCUGUCCAAAGUUUAGGAAGUAGAUCCGGAGCUGCCGGGUUUUAACUUUCAGGUGAACCACGAGCUUUCAGGUAACUUUGGCUAUGUAUGGGAUCUGUAUCUUAUUCUGCUCUCUAGAGGCUGCAGCAGUAUCAAUGAACUCUGUUUAUAUGUUUUUUAAUAUUCUGGUUAUUUAACUAAAUGUGACUCUGCACGGUCACUGGAGCAUCUUCUUACUGUGACACUAUCAGCUUGCACCUGCUCAUCUACUACAUGUAAUCUUUAGCAGGUUAUUGUUUUUUCCCCAGGUGUUUGUGGAAGACUGUAUGGACGAUUUGAUAGUUACUAACAGCCUGAGGUCAGUGCUAACACACAUGCUUAUGUAUUUUGAAAGAUAAUAAAUAAGACAUAAUCUUCCAGUAACUCCAUGCUUCACAGACCUGCUGCAAAUUUACUGCUGCUGUGAUUUCAGAGUAGACAUCAGGGGAAGAUUACUUUUAAUGCUUGUUGCCAAUCGGGCUCUCUAAAUAUGGUAAGCAUUGCUGAAAACUUAAAUUUUAGCAUUUUUCAGCUUAUGAAAAACAAAAACCAAAAUCAUACAACCUGAAAAGGUCAUCGGCCAGAAUAUUUUCAGUUCCCUUUUUAUGUUGAAUGUCUAGAGUGUAUUCCUGCGUCAACAGAGCCUGUCACGUUGAAUAUA